AGCUGUCUUCACAUACAAGGGAUUCUCCUGGAAUGAUACAUUCUGCCAUUGGACAUUACAGACCCGAAUGAUGAGCAUAAUGAAUGAGGAGCAGAUGGAGAACGGAGCGGACUCCGAUGACGACCUUCAACCCGAGGAGAUCCCCGCGUACCUGAAAGACAGGAGAAGAGCCAAGUCCUUACCUGCGUAUCCAGACCAGGCGAAUCUGUACCAUCAGAUCUCCCAGAGCUGCAGGAAACGCGUGAAGUUCGCGGACACGCUCGGGUUAAAUCUGGCGAGCGUCAAACACUUCAGCACGAGCGAGGACCCUCAGAUUCCGGCCAAGGUGUUCAACAGGCUGAAGAGUUUCCCCCUUCACAAGGACCGAGAGUUCAUGGAUGACUUGUGCGUGAACAUCAACUCCACUCUGACACUGGACUAUCUGGUCCCGACGUUCAAGAUGCCCGUGGAGUCCGGAGACUUGGAGACGCGGCUCGCGCGCUGUCGCGUCGCGCUGGAAAGCGUCACGGUCACACAGUUUGAUGUCCGUGGGAUCAUACGGGCGAUGGGAAGGAAAGAAGUUGGGGUCAGGUAUACUUUCAACGACUGGCUGUCGUUCGUGGACGCGCAAGCCAUCCCCGUGCCCACCGAGGACACGACGCACGGAGCGCGCUUCUCCUUCACCAUGUUCACGCCUCCUUUCUUAGAUCCGAGCGCUUCAGUGAACUUCGCCGUAUACAUGAGGGAUGGUACAUCUGACUUCUGGGACAACAACGAUGGGCUGAACUAUUCCCUGAAGUACCACAGCUCGUCAUCCAUUGAGACCGCAGCUUUCCACGCGAUAUGAAGUGAUGCGCUUUUACGCACGGCACGCUGCGCCAAAUCGGUGCGUUUGGACCUCACAACUGACUAAAACGAUCGACUGAUGUUACAAAACAUACAUGAAUGUGCUCUCAAGGGGAUAUCAACGCUCAAUGGUAAACUAUUGAGUGGACUGACAUUUCAACAGCGCUUUUCACAAUCUUUUUUUGUAAGCAGCUUCAACAGGGAAAUAGCAAUCAAUGAUCACCAAUCAAAUAUGAGACUAUUCAAAGAGAGUUGCGUCAAUAUCCAGUUCAUUAAUGAUGAGACGAGUUAAAUUCAGCUAAGCUGAAGAGCGUCGUUAUUCAGCUCGAGUUCAGUUCAAUACCAGUGUUGAUGUUGCAAGAUUGUCAAUUAUCUUGAUUGAUAAUUCAG